GUUGCACGUUGCGUGCGGUUUCGUUGGGCUGCGAACUCCGAGCUGCGUGUCCUUUUUUGAGCCCCGAACACACGUCCUUCGUGUCCUCGGAAAAUAUUCAAAGUUAAGCGGGCCGCAAAUCCGCAUAGCGUAAUGAAAAUCAAAGUACAUAAAUAUAAAAUUAAAUGUCGUAAAUAAAAAAAAUAAUACCAUCAGGACGCAUAAAAUAUGUAUAUGUGAAUGUGUGUAACGAGGCGAAUCGCGAGGCGACAAAGCGAAAUUUAAGAAACGUGCCACAUUAAAUAUUUAAGAAACUCGGAAAGUCGACAAAAGUAUCAGGAGAAAAACACAGCGUUUGGUCCAACCAUCAAUGUCAGCCGAGUGAAGCUAAGGAAGUGACCCCCACCCAGCGCCAAGAUGUACGGACUGCUCUUGGAGAUCUCCGAGUACAUUAAGUCUGUCUAUGGCGAGGAGAAAUGGGAGGACAUCCGACGUCAGGCUGGCAUCGAUUCGCCAUCGUUCAGCGUCCAUCAGGUCUAUCCCGAGAAUCUGCUCCAGAAGUUGGCCAAAAAGGCGCAACAGGUCCUGGGCGUUUCGGAGCGGGAGUUCAUGGACCAGAUGGGCGUCUACUUCGUGGGCUUCGUGGGUCAGUAUGGCUACGAUCGCGUCCUUUCCGUGCUGGGUCGCCACAUGCGAUUCCUCAAUGGUCUGGACAACCUGCAUGAGUACCUGAAGUUCUCGUAUCGGAUGAGAGCCCCCAGCUUUAUCUGCGAGAAUGAGACGAAGCAGGGUCUGACCCUGCACUGCUCCAAGCGUCGUGGGUUUGUCUACUAUACAAUGGGUCAAAUCCGGGAGGUGGCGCGGUAUUUUUACCACAAGGAGAUGCACAUCGAGCUGGUUAGGGAGGAGAUCCUGUUCGACACGGUCCACGUCACCUUCCAACUGACCUUCGAUAAUAGGGCCUUUACCCUGGCAUCAUUGGCAUGACGGGAGGAGAAGCACCUGCCCAUCAGCGCCCAUGUACUCUUCGAGAUCUUUCCCUUCUGCAUGGUAUUUGGUGCUGACAUGGUAGUGCGCAGUAUUGGAAACUCUUUAAUGGUGAUUUUACCCGAACUGUUGGGCAAAAAAAUCACGGCCUGGUUCGACUUGGUUCGUCCACUGAUUGCAUUCAAAUUUCAGACUAUACUCAAUCGUACUAAUAACAUUUUUGAGCUGGUCACUGUGGACCCAGUAACGGAGAGAUUUGACGUUCAAAAUGAGGAUUUACUCACACAUGAAGAUGGCAGUGAACCGGAGAAGUCUUUAAGAUUAAAAGGUCAAAUGGUUUAUAUGGAAAACUGGCGCAUGAUCAUGUUUCUGGGUACCCUAAUGCCCGAUCUGACCUCCCUGAUAACCACUGGCCUAUAUAUCAACGUGUCCAUGCACGACUUUAGCAGAGAUCUCAUGCUGGCGGGUACUCAACAAUCAGUGGAACUUAAGUUGGCUAGACAAGAACAGCAAAAGUCCAAGAAACUGGAAGAGUCAUGAGUCUUAGUUGGAUGAGGAAUGAGAAGAACAGAUGAGCUGCUCUAUCAGAUGAUACCCAAACAGGUGGCUGAUCGACUCAGAAGGGGUGAAAACCCCAUUGACACUUGUGAGAUGUUUGAUAGUGUCUCCAUCCUGUUUUCGGACAUUGUCACCUUCACGGAGAUCUGCAGCAGAAUUACUCUGGAGGUGGUGUCCAUGCUAAAUGCCAUGUACUCCAUCUUCGACAUGACAGAAAGGAACUCGGUUUACAAGGUGGAAACCAUUGGAGACGCUUACAUGGUGGUGGCGGGGGCCCCAGAUAAGGAUGCCAAUCACGCCGAGCGAGUCUGUGAUAUGGCCCUGGAUAUGGUGGACGCGAUAACCGAUCUUAAAGAUCCCUCCACGGGCCAGCAUUUGAGGAUACGUGUGGGUGUCCACUCGGGCGCCGUGGUUGCAGGCAUUGUGGGGUUAAAGAUGCCCCGCUAUUGCCUCUUUGGGGAUACCGUGAACACCGCCUCACGAAUGGAGUCCACAAGCAUAGCCAUGAAGGUGCACAUCUCAGAGUCCACAAAGAUUCUCAUUGGUCCCAACUACAAGAUCCUCGAGCGUGGCGAGAUCGAUGUGAAGGGCAAGGGCACCAUGGGCACAUAUUGGCUGGAGGAGCGCGAGAACAGGUUGCCUUUGCAGGUGACAGCGGCUCUGCAGGCUUAUCCGAUCUCUCCGGUUCCGGCAACGCCCGCUCCCAAGGCCAUAAUGCCACCGGGAUCCAAGCCGGUGACUCCAUUGGCCACCGUUUCCGUUUCACUGGGGUUUCCAGUCUGCCGCAACUGUUCCUCAGUGGAUGUGAUAGCUCCUUCAUCCAGCAUAUCCGGUUUGGCGAUUACAGCCACUGCAGCAGCUCACAUGUCACUUCAUCACCAGGCGGUGGGAUCGACGGCAGAUGUGGGACCUUCUAUUUCCGGAGGAGCAGCAGGAGCAGCCGCGGGAGCAGGAGCAGCUCCAGAUGAUCGCAACAGUCGCAUCUACUCACCCGUAACCUUCAAGGACGUGGCUCGCCGCAGCGUGGCCAACUCUCCAGUGAGGGGCAAUGCAUACUCCAAUUCGGAUCAGGAGAAACGUCGCGAAUCCCGUUCCACCACUGGCCACGUCUUUAUGCGUACUCCAUCCGAUAUAUUUGGCUCUCUCAUCCUGGACACCGAGGAGUUUCUCGAGGAUCUGCAAAUCUCACGUAACUCUCUGUCGAAUAACAACAACAACCCGCCCACUGGUGGAUUCAGUCCAUCUCCACCAUUCCGGAUCGGCAGUGCACCACCAAAACCGAGACCCAGCAAUCCGGAUAAGUUUACGCCGGAGGAACUGGGCAUGGAUCAGCUGACGCCACCGUCGACAGCUCCUGCCAGGGAAACGGCCACGUGCAGUAGUGCAUCCUUGGAUCGGGAAAAGGCCACAAAGCUAAAGAAAAUCACCUUCUCCAACAGCAGCAGCCUGGAUGCAACUACUCCAACUGCCGUUGCUGCCAAGGUGUGUCCCAUGCGUUCCAAGUCGCCACCAAUGAUGAACCAACCAGCGGUCCAGGUGGUGCAGGCAAGUACCAGCAAGAGUGACACCCAACGACCGGGCUCCAAGGAUUCGGUUUCAUCCAUUUCCCUGCACUCACCUCCUCCACAUCUCAACUCGGCGCCAGCUAGACCCCAUUCAAUGUCUAAGGCGGCGCGAAAGGCCUUCCUGGCCGCCAAGCAGACCAAGGCCAUGGAAAAGCUGGACAAGAUGAUCGAGGAAGUUCAUGAAGUGGAGUCCCAGUCGGCCACAAAGGCGGCCAAUAUGAGGCUGGCCCUCUUUGGUCAUGAUGGAGGUGGUGGUGGCGACAUGGCCGCCGGUGGGUGUCCACUUUUCCUGCCACCACCGCCACAGCCACAGCGCCUGAUGCCCAUGCCGAGCUCCAUAUCCGACUCCGGCCUCUGUAGUCAUGGCCAUAGCCAUGUCCCCAGCUGCCAUCACCUGGAGCCGAAGAUGAGCAACAGCCAGAGUUUCCAGCACUCUCCACGAGGCGGGAUUACCCAUCAGUGCUGCAGUGGCUUUGGACACGGAAACGGACGUCACUCGCACCGGAUGCACUCAAAUGCCUGCCGGAUUCUGUAGAGGAUCCACCAGGCAGCACCGUCACAUCAACCAUAUCAUGUAAACCGACUCUGAUUCUGCUCAAUGUUACCGCGUGCUUUUCGGUGUAGCUAUGAUAACUAGUCAGCAAUUAUUAGGACUUAGUUAGUUGUUGAAUCUCAUAGUGUAUAGAAUAGAAUAGAUCAAGAAUGUACCUAUAUGUUAUAUAUACCAGACUAUAGCUAGUCAAGCAGGGCUUUAAAAUUUUGGCAAGUCAGUGUCUAAAUAUGCUAAGAAUCUGUAUAAACUGUUGGCACUCUAUACUAUAUACUUGUGUGCUUUAAUCAAAAGAUUUCAAAUUUCUUGACCUCUAAAUAUGACAAUACCAACAGGAAAUCCAACUACAAAAGGAAAGACAUUUUCCGUACAUUUUCAUGAAACCACCUGAGGCAGAGUUUGCUCACAAAAUAAACUAUACCUAUAUGUAUAUGUAUUAUUAAAUCUCUAUAUAUUUGUAGUAGUUAAAUGGUUAAGUAGAUUUUAUGUGAACACGAAUACUAAAUAAAUAUUUCGAAAAGAAAUCAGAGUUACAUAUUUUCUAAAUGUUUUAACUAGAGGUCCAACUAACUCUUUGAUUGCGAUCCGUUAACGCAAAUAAACUAACUAAUCAAUAAAAGUGCUACUUCCUAGUUAAAUUGAAA